CGCUGGAAGAAGAGGUGCUGGUGACGUGGCUGGCAGAGAUGGAGGCCGCUCUGCCUCCUCUCACCUUCUUUGCUCCGCGCGCCAACUCCCUGGCCAAGCUCACCGAGCGCCUUGCUCACAACCAGGUCCUGCUACAAGAUAUCAAAGUUCACGGUCCGUUUGUGAAGAGCAUCGUAAAACAGUACGAUUUACAGUCUUCUGACAAGAGCAGUCAAAACUUUUCAGAAACAAAAUCCACUAUCAAAGACAGCUCAAAAGUUUGCUUACCCACUCCACUUGACACCGCAAGCUCACUCACCACAUCCUGCACCACCUCUACCACUCAUCCUGUAAUAGUCACUCCACCAAGCGACCUCCUCAGAGAAGACGACGACUCACCGCUCACGUCACUAGACACCAUCACCCCACGGAGCGAAAUAUCCGAGUUUCCCCUGACAGCGACCUCGACUCCGCGCAACGUCGCGCCUUCUCACAGCCCUCAACACACUCAGCACGGCGCCAGCCACUCGACCAAAACAAGGAAGGCCAAGUUUUCCGUGCCCAAAAGAGCCCGGCAACUGGAGAACCGCUAUCAUCAGGUCUUCCUCAAAGCGCUCGAGUGGCAGUGCUACUUGGAGCAGGUCAUCGCUGAUUGCAAG